GACACGCCUGAGAUAACGCAGAGGAUGAUGUCGAAAAACGCGCGCUUUUCUUCCAACGUUCUGAAACAAAAAAAUGGGCCAUCCCAGGGCGAGCGACGAGUCAUGUACGGAGAUCACAUGUCGGAGGUGUCGGUGCGGUCUCAGCACGGUCGGUCGUUCACGUCUAUCCAGGUCUUUGAUGACAAUGACGAGUAUAAAAAGGGAGCCUACCUCUGCUCUCUUGCCAAGAAGUGUGGUCUUACCCUUAACUCGGGCAGAAGGCACAACACCUUGAGUGCUGAAUCAAGUACAUUCAGCAAGGAUUUCACUCAAAGUUUGAAAGAACAUCCUGAAUACCCUCAGGUUGUUACAGAAGUUCUGAAGGAAAUAAAGGAGUAUUUAGAUAACCCAGACAGGCUGCAAAAAGCACUCACGGUAACUUAUCAGAAUUCGAAUGACAGCAGUGGCACGCUGAAAAACCGAGACAGUGUGUUUCGUCUCUUUCUUCGUGUGGAACCACUGCAGUGGGGUCUGACAGAGCAGCUAUUGGAAAAAAUGGUGGAGGUGGCUGUUACUGACGAGUCACCAGCAAACACCUUCCAUGUCCAAGUGCUCAACCAGUUCAAGUGGCUGGAUGGUCUCGCAGGCACCAAGGCAUUCAUGAACAAAGUUUUUGACGAAGUCCUCCCUGUGAUUCCACUGCAUGUGCGUAAGGACCUUGUGCUUGCUCUGCCACACAUAUUAGAAGACUCUGAACACCUAGCUGCAGCUCGAAAACUUGGCGAGCUUUUUACCGAUGACAAGGAGCUUGGUCCUACUGUACUUGAAGCCCUCAGUAAUCUCUACGUGGAACCGGAAGUGAUAUCUGAGGUUCGUACUCGUGUGUUGACUGUGUUGAAGUCAUUAAAGCUCAGCCAGCUGCCACCAACCGUAAAAUUCGUGCUUUCCAACUGUACAGCCCUGGAAGCUUCGCAGGUAGUAUCUGAGCUGCGGGCCAACCUCGAACUCCGUCACCUUCUGCCAAUCACGUCUACACCCACUACUUUCAGUGCCGAGGAAGAUGAGGAGCUCCAAACACUAAUUGAAAUUUCCAAUGCCGUGCAGUUGCGCAGGUUUCUCCGCGAUGCUUGGCUGAAGGUCAUAGAGAAUGUCAAGGUUGCUGCUGAGCACAAGACUCUAGACAUCUUGUUUCUUGUCAUGCUGCACAAGUUCUUACCAAAACCCGAAGCCAAGUCUGUGGAAAGUUUGCUUCGCAAGAAAGUGCGCAGCGGCCAGUUUACGGGGAGCCUACUUGACCGGACCUUUGACUCGCACCCGCAGGUAAUGAAAGUGUACAGCCGCACUAUUAUGCACCUGGCUCAGGUGCUGCUCUGGUGUCCAGAACCGCAAGUUCUGAAGUUUGGAGAACGCGUGUACCAACGCAUGUUCGUCUGCUACGAAGGCACCACCAGAGAGGAAGUGGUGCUGAACCUUGUCACCCAUUUUGGAAGCGGUGUCACCUCACAAAUGGACGCUGCCUUUGAUUGUGCCUUGGAACUUGUUCGUCAGCACACGAUCCUCAUGGCCCCAUAUGGUGGUUUCUUCAAGAGCACCCUGGACAUACUGCGGAACCUCUCGCUGUGCCAGAUUCGCACACUUUUCCUGAUCAUUGCUCUCAUAGCCUACCGCGGAGGCCGACAGGGUGAAACCUAUCGAGACGAGUUACACAUGGUAAUACGCAAGAUGGUGAUGAAAUCUUGCCCCAGGUCUAAGAGGAUCGGUGUUGUUGCGGCGCUCAUGACAGUGAAAGCCAUGGCCUCGACCAAGGGAAUCAAGACGAGCGAAUCGCUUCAGCUGUCUGCGUCCACGUCAUCAAGCCACGCUACUCCUGAGGAACUUGUCCGAUCCGCAGUCGAGCUCCUUGAGCUCGUGAGAGCAUCAACUGCCUGCUGGCCUCAGGCUAUGUCUCUCUUUUACGACGAGCUCAGCCGUAUCGUCGUACGGGGAGAGCUCGGGCAGAGCAUUGAGACCUGGAUUAGCGACACCAUUAUCAAUGACUUUCAGGACGAUUACAUUGUUGACGUUAUACAAGGGGAACUGGAGCAAACUGAACCAGUUCGGAAUGAGUUGUGCUAUGGUUUGGACAACCUGCCUGAAGGAGCGAUUGCCCUCAAUUUGCUUCCUCUGCUUCUUAGCGAAAAGGCACAGCAGCAGCAACUCAAGCCCAAGAGCAAACACCGUUCUCUGCUCACGCUGUGCUCCCUGUUUCGUCUGCUGCGCAUUGCGGAGCAGACGACCAGUGGUGAGGCCCUGGAUGGCAUAGAUGCCCUCCUCGGAUGUCCGGUGAAAAUGCCCGCUUCUGAUGCGCGCAAUUCGUUUCACACACUUUCUAUGGAGCAGCGCAAUAUUGUUAUUUCUGCGGCCUUCUACUGUGUCAACUGGUUCCGAGAGCUUGUGAACGGGUUCUGUGCUCUGCGUGAUGAGCAGACGAGAUUGAAGAUGGUAGACCGAAUCCGCCGAAUUGUUGAGCUUCAAAAGUGCCUUGAGAAGUGGCUGCAAGGUGUGCCAGGCUAUCUGCCUCCACUGGCAGUGUUUGACAUCGAUGAUGCAGAUACCAAGCCUCCAGUAGUGAACAACCCAGUGGGAAAAAAGAAGCGCAAAGGAAAAGCAGCUGGAAAAGGCAAGAAGAGGAAGCUUUUCUCUGAUGAUGAAGACUCAGGCGAUGAGGCUGGCCCAUCCACCAGACCAGCUUCGUCUCCAGAUCCUGAUGAAGAUGGUGCGGAGAGUGGCAAUGAUGAUGAAGAGGCAGUUGAGCCUGAAGUGACUGCGAUGGGUUCUCUGUCUGCAUCUUGGCGACCCUUCCUGCGUGAACUUGACUUCGACGUCUUCGACAUUCUCAACGUUGGGCUGGUCACCAAUGGCAGUGAGAAAUCUUCUUCAAAGCUUACAACCACUGAGCUUCUGUUUGUGCUUGGAGAGCUCGCCGCCAAGCUGGACUGGGCUCUUCCCUCAAGUGGACCGAAGCGUGCGUUUCCGUUUAAGGCCAAGGUGCCACGUGAUGUUGGCUUCUCCAACUUGGCUCUCAGUCCCAAGCCAGAUGUGGUCAAGUUCAUGGUCAGUGUGGUUCCGCACCUGUGUUCUCUUCUGGAGGACGUCAGUGGGUACUUUCAGGACUUGAUAUCCCAAAAUGACGGCAUUGUCGAUGCGGCCUCUAUGUUCACGAGUACAGCCAAGGAGACAGCAUCUUGCAUGACUCUGUUGCUGACCUGUCUGAAUGCCUUCUUUUCAUGGAAUGGUUUUGAGACAAGUGACAACCGAGACCAGCUGUGUGAAGCAUUCCGUUCCAUAUCUGACCGCAUUGGAACAACACAGUUGACACAGGCCUACGUCAUGGCUCUGGGAAAACGGGCGUUCUCAUAUUUUGCCAAGUUUGCCGAGUCCGUGACAGACCCAGCGGGAGCAACAGCACUGCUUCGGCUUUUGGGAACAGUUGCUGAUCGUUCUCAGAUGUACUCACUUGAGCAGCGUGGCAUCCGUGAAGUCGCCGAGGGCUUCCUUCGGCGCAACUGGCUUUGUCGUGUUGGCACGUCAAACGUGCCUCAGAGGCCACAGGGAACACACUUCAACGAGUGCCUUCAGGUCAUGCUGAGCACAUUCCUGUCAGAGUCGGAGUGUGUACUUCAGAGCCUGCACGAACUUGCGACUGACUGCCUGCCCAGUAUUCUGGAAGAAUCGCCACCAGCCCAGCAGGAGGAAGAACAGUCAAAGCAGUUUCCUACACUCGACAAGUCUACUCUCAAUGUAUACUACAAGACAAUGUUCUCCAACCUGGCCGAUGGCGUCCAAAGCCUCUCUGUAAAAGUAGUGACGAACCAAGAGGAAAAGGUGCAGCAGCUUGAGAAGUGGACCCUAGCUGUCGAAAUAUUUCACAAGCUGGUGGAGGUCGUUAAGAAAUUACCUGUGCGGAAGAACCUGGCUGUUUGUUUGAAGUUUGGACGUCAGUUCUUGGAUUCCUUCCUGCGUAAUGGCAUGCCUCUGCUAGACUCUCUUUUCAAGUCCCACACUGCUGAAGUACAGGCUCUUCUAAAAAAUCUACAGCAAAGCACACGGUACCUCCAGCACAUCUGCAGUCACUCCAAGCUGGUGAAAGACGUGGCACUGACAGGGCAGGUGCCUGCAGUACGCAAGACGCUGGAAGUCUUCGUCUUUCGUGUCAAGGCUAUGCUCACUGUGAACCACUGCCGGGAAGCCUUCUGGGUGGGGAACCUCAAGAAUCGGGACCUGAAGGGGGAAGAAAUUCUGACGCAGCCAUUACCCGAGGACACGGAUGAAGAAAUGCCACCUGCGGAUGAUGCUGAAGAUGGAACGAUUCGGAUGCCUCCCACAACAGCGAAGAAAAUGAAGUUGACGAGCCCAUAGAACCGGAAGUCAGCGAGGAGUUUUAAGAGGCGGUGCCAUUUACUUUCCUUCAUUUGAAUGUUCAGUUUAUGAGUUGGAGUUUUAUUACACAAGUUACUGUAACAUAUUUUACUGUGUUCUGUUAAACUGACAAGUCAUCUUUCUCAGUUUAAGUUUUGACAAAGCUGUUUGAUGGUCAGUGUGGCUAUUUUUAUUGUACAUUAAUAAAAGAAUUGCUUCAUGUGGUAA